AUGGCUUCGUUCGGCGACGCCCCGGCCGGCAACGCGGCGAGCGGCGACAAGAUCUUCCGGACCAAGUGCGCGCAGUGCCACACCGUCGAGCGCGGCGGCGCCCACAAGCAGGGACCCAACCUCAGCGGCCUCUUCGGCCGCCAGUCCGGCACCACCGCCGGAUACUCCUACUCCGCCGGAAACAAGAACGCGGCCGUCGUUUGGGGAGAAUCAACACUCUACGACUACCUCCUCAACCCCAAGAAGUACAUCCCUGGCACGAAGAUGGUGUUCCCGGGCCUCAAGAAGCCGCAGGAGCGCACCGACCUCAUUGCAUACCUCAAGGAAUCCACCGCCUAACUUCGUCCAUCAUCUUAACC